UAAUACAUAAUUUGCUAAAAAUUCUAAACUCAAAAAGUAAAUUUUAUAAAUUUAUAAUCAACCAAACAUUGAAAUUAGUAUUACAAAAAUGGUAAUAAGAAGAGAAGAUGAUACGCUUCAAGGCAUUCUUCGAAUUUUUUAUAAGAAACUUCAAAUUUCUGAAAAAAUACUUCUUUACGCAUAUUUAAUUGACAUGACUGGAUACACAUUUUUAUUUACUAUUUAUUUAUUAGUAUCUGGAAGAUUUAUUACUAAUGCUGCAUCUCUUGCACUGCUCCUCUUUCCUAUUAUUUCUGGAAUCACAAUGUUUUACAGUAAAACAAUCUUACAUGGAAUUUCAUUCCUUGUAGUACAUUCCUUUCCUCUUAUCGUAGGCGUGUUCCUUUUUUACACGCAAAGAAACACUUGUUCGGAUUUACCAUCAGAAUUUUGUUUCUUUCCGACAAAUGUAACAUUCUAUACAUCAGGCGUACUCUUACUUAUAUUUUUAAUUAUAUCCACGAUAUUUUAUUGCACAAUAUUAUAUCAUAUUUGGUCAAAAAAGAUAUGGCCUAUAAGACAUAAAUAUCCAUACAUAAAUGAUAAAGAUAUAAUAAGCAUGGAUGCUAUAUACCAAAUACAAUUCCCAAUUUUCCAUGCGAAAAUCAUGAUUAUAGGAUUGUAUACAGUUUUUUAUAUAUACACGGUUUGGAUUGUAAGCAUAUUAGAAAAAAAUCUACGCGGUAUGAGAAUUAUUAAUUUUUUUGUCCCAUUUAAUAUCGUAAUUAUAUAUUAUGCGUAUUUUAUGUUGAAGGGUGUAAGAGAUGAGAAAAAAUGGAUGAUGUACAUCGUAUAUUUUGGGAACAUCUUUCAAGCCAUCUUUUUAUAUUAUGCAACAAAAGAUGUUUGUUAUAGUACUCAUAAACCAUUUUCUUUUCUAUAUUGUUUUAAAUAUGGCGCAUUUUUCGAUGUGUUUUAUAGUUUAACAGUAAUAUCCUGGAUAAUAUUGAUUUUAUCCACAUGGAAUUCGAUCAGAUGUCAAAGAAAUUUUGGGUUGCAUCUUGGACAAUUUCUAAAGUAUGAACCGAUCCCUGAUGCAUUUAAAUCGGGUACAAAAUUAGAAAGUAUAGAACAAAUUUUAUAAAUAGCAAUUCUAAAAAUAAUGGUCAAGAAAAGAAAACUGGUUAUAAAUUGAUUAAGAAUGUAAAAAAAACUUAACGUUUGAAAUAGUAAAUUAAUUUAGAAACAUGAACAUAAUACAAGUCACAUUAGAACACUUUUUUUUUAGUUUUAUAAAGUGAUACCAUGCGAUAUUGCGGAAUUUAUUUUACAAGCAAAUUAAAGAACAUAUAAUAAUUACACCCAAGACUAGAACACAAAAAAUUCCUUUCAUAAACCUAUUAUUUCCUUCAAUAGAUUAGAAUAAAUUAUUAUAAAUUGUUUAUUUUAUUAAA